AAAGCAUUCGCGCUGCAGGCAUCUAGAGUUGAUUGGUCAGUCAGCUGAUCGACGUAGUUUGUAAACAUGGAGCCGCUCUAUGCGAAAUGUCUCUCACUUGUCGCGUUUUCUUCGUAAAGGCGGAAUGAGUUGCGCGUGAUUGAACCCCCGUCACCAUGGGGCACCGCUACGAAGAGAACAUCGUGCGGCUGCUUGGCGAACGACAGUUCAAGGACAGGUGUAUCACACAUGUCCAGAGGAAGUUGCAAGUUACGGAAGAUCUGGUAGCAAGACUUGGUCUUGAAGCUGAACUUGAGGGUCAUGCAGGUUGUGUAAACUGCUUGGAAUGGAAUCAGAAGGGAGAGAUCCUUGCCAGUGGCUCGGACGAUGUGCAGAUAAUGUUAUGGGAUCCGUUCCGACAUCGGAGGCUCCAUGCCAUUCCAAGUGGACAUCAUGGAAACAUAUUCUCAAUAAAGUUCCUGCCUUACUCUGGCGACAGCCUAAUGGCCAGUGGAGCGGCGGACUUCAAGAUCCGUGUGCACGACAUUCAUGCACGAGAGACCACCAUGGUCUGCAGCUGUCACACGAGUCGGGUCAAACGGCUAGCAACUGCAGCCAGUGUGCCCUUUGUGUUCUGGAGUGCUGCUGAGGACGGUGUCAUUCUGCAGUUUGACUACCGGACACCACAUCAGUGCACAGCGGAUGCAAAUCAUGUGUUAGUAAACCUUGGCUACCACCUGGGUCGCAAUGUGGAAGCCAAGUGUAUAGCUGUGAACCAGCUCCAACCGCACCUGCUGGCUGUGGGUGCCAACGAUUCAUACAUUCGUCUCUAUGACCGGCGAAUGAUCAACACCACUAAGCUCACAAGGUUCAACGGUAGUUCUUCCAAGCCCGAUGCGGAGUCCGACAACCUCGCACCUGGCUGUGUAACUUAUUUUGCUGCAGGUCACCUUCCACUAAAGUACCCCAGGAAGAGGUAUCGCACAUUAGCCUCUACCUAUGUUGCCUUCAGCCCCGAUGGCAGCGAACUUCUUGCCAAUUUAGGUGGCGAGCAGAUUUACUUAUUUAACAUCAACCACCCGCGACAGCCAAAAAGCUUUGACCUUCAGAGCUUCACAUCAUCACUUCACUCAAAUGGGUUGUGCAAAAACUUGGCCGAGGGAGGCAGUAGUCCUGCAAAUGGAUUCAGCACUCACAAGAACGGCAUUUCCAAUGGAAUGAUUUCCAAUGGAAUGAAGCAGAAUGGAAUUGUUGCAUCCUCAGACACUCCUCCUGUUUCGUCCAGUACAAAGUGGGGGCCUGCCAACAGCAAGCCACUGCCACCCCGUGUAGAGGCCAUAAAAUGCAAAGCAAAUGAGAAGUUUGGCAAGCAGAAGUACACCUUGGCCAUUAACCUCUACAACAAGGCCAUUGGCUUGGUGUCCGACUCGCCAGUUCUCUACUGCAAUCGUGCAGCUGCCUUCAUGAAGCGAGCAUGGGACGGGGACAUGUAUGCUGCGCUGAGGGACUGUCACACGUCUCUACAACUGGAGGCAGACUAUGUGAAGGCACACUUGCGGCUGGUGCGCUGCCUGUAUGAGCUGCGCUGGACCAAGGAGGCCCUCGACUGCCUGCAGGCCUUCAAGUCACGCUUCCCCGACUGCGCCCUCAGUCAGACCUGCCAGGCACUGGAUCGGGACAUCAAGGCGGCCAUAUUCUCCAAGACUGACAAUGACUCCGAGGAAGGCAGCCGGUCUGAAUCUCAAAGCUCCAAUGGCAGCGCCAACUCCAGCCCAAAGCACAGGAGGCAGCCUCAAAUCUCUGAGCAAGAAAAGGCGUGGCGCGCUGUGGCCUACGAUUAUGAGUUGCGCUUCUGUGGCCACUGCAACACCACCACAGAUAUUAAGGAGGCAAACUUCUUUGGCAGUGCGGGUCAGUUCGUGGUGGCAGGUUCGGACGACGGCUCGUUCUUUGUGUGGGACAAGCAGAGCACAAACCUCGUUCAGGUGAUGCGGGGCGACGACUCUAUCGUCAACUGCCUACAGCCACACCCGAGUACCUGCCUUCUAGCCACCAGUGGAAUAGACCCCGUGGUCCGGCUGUGGAGCCCAAAGCCCGAGGAUGGAAGGAAAGAAGACAGGGAAGUGAUAGACUCCGAGGACGCCGCAGUGGCGAAUCAGCGUCGCAUGAACGCAGACCCUCUGGAAGUGAUGCUCAUGAACAUGGGCUACCGUGUUCCCGGACUCCUAGAGUCCGACGAAGUGGAACUCGAGAACCGGGGCGGAGAGGCCAACGUGGUCUCCUGUCGACCGAGCUAGGACAAUGCCGUCUGUUCCCUGUGGUGAAUGAAGGCUUCCAUGCCCAGCAUUUUCAUUGGUGCAAAGAAUGACACUGAUGGCACCGCAGCAACCCCCCCUGUCACCUUCCCUCGUUUUAUUUUUGUCCCAUAAAAAGGCUUAGGGUUUCACUAACUGCGUGAGAAGCGGAACAGGGAUGACAUUGACGCUAAUAAAUUUGAAGAUGGAGAGAG